UCAAGUCUAUAGUAUCACUUAACGAAGGCGUAUUGUUACUGUCAAUAAAGUAAGUGUACUUUAACCGAAUUGUCUGUAUGAUGAUGCACCUAAUACCGAUAUAGAUCACUAGUUAUUUUGCUCAACUGCUGAUGAAUUUUAUCGUGUGUAUUGUAGAGAAGGAGAACGCGGAAAUACUCCGGUUGCUUAAAGCAUAAGUUUGAGGUUACUUCCCCGGCCACGUCAACAUCAACAGUCACAUCAAAAUGACGUUGGAAAUUGAGAAUAUGACAAGAUAUAUUUCACCAAUCAACCCAACAGUAUUUCCACUUCUAGCACUUAUUUUAUUGGGCAUUGGAAUCUUCUUCACAGCUUGGUUUUUUGUCUACGAAGUUACCAGUACAAAGUUUACUCGAGAUAUAUUUAAAGAAUUAUUGAUUUCUCUAGUGGCGGCAUUAUUUUCAGGAUUUGGGGUCUUAUUUCUGUUACUGUGGGUUGGUAUUUACGUUUAG